UGUCGUGUUUACAAUUACUUUGGUAGGUUAUCUUUUUUUAUUGAUGAUAACAAAAAGAAGAUGGAGCUGAAUUGUUAUUAAUAUCAUUUUAGGGUGCUUUACAAUAUGGAUAUCAUACAGGUGAACUGAAUACCCCUCAAAGCAUUAUAUCGAAAUGUCGACUUAAGAAUGGAUUAAAUCUAGAACAAGAUGGCCAUCUUCCACCUUGUCUUCCCAUGUCAGAUGCGCGAUAUUCUCUUGUGGUAGCCAUGCUGUUGGCUGGUGGACUUGUGGGUGCGUUAUCAGCCUCUCAUUACAGUGACAAGUAUGGACGACGACAGACACUGGUCUAUAACAAUGUGCUAUUGGGUAUGGGGUCCUUGAUCAUGACGUUGGCGCCUAGUAUUCCUCUGUUGAUGGUUGGCCGGUUUCUUGCAGGUAUGGGUGGGGGUGUAGUGACAGUGGUGGUACCUGCCUAUAUUUCCGAAUGUGUUCCAAAACAGAUGCGUGGUCUCUUUGGUACUUUGAAUCAAUUGGCUAUUGUCACUGGGAUCAUGAUUUCUCAAAUCGCAGGUAUGAUGCUUGAAACAGGCUGGCGAUGGAUCCUCUUGAUAGGUGUGAUCAUAGCGGUCCUACAAUUGGUAUUACUUCCUUUUUGUGUAGAUUCCCCUCGUUAUUUGGCAUCUAAGCAAGGUGGCACGCAUCAAGCUAAAUUAUCUCUUUUACGACUCCGUGGACCUCCUUUAGAAGAUGUGGAAGAAGAAAUUGAAGAAUGGAGAAGAGAAUCCAUCGUUGGUCCUGAUGUAACUACAGCUCUUAAUAACAACAACAACAAUUAUGUCACUUUGACUCGAUUCUUGACAUCUUCUCAAUAUCGUCAUCCUCUCUUUUUGGUACUUUUAUUACAACUUGCUCAACAAUUUUCUGGUAUUAAUGCCGUCAUUUUUUAUUCGACUUCCAUCAUGUCCAGUGUAUUUCCUGAAUCAUCAGAUCGUAUCACAGUAUUUGUAUCUAUUAUUAAUUUGGUGAUGACGGUGGUAUCUGCUUAUCUUAUGGAUCGUUCCGGACGUCGUACAUUAUUUUUAAUCUCUUCAUCAGCAAUGGCUUGUAGUAGUCUUUUACUCGGAUGGAGUAUUCAAUAUGGACAUGAUGGGACAUCAGCAUUUGCGAUCGUUGCAUUUGUGGCUGCCUUUGCCAUUGGUCUUGGACCUAUUCCUUUUCUCAUGAUCCCGGAACUGGUGGAAACAUCUGCGGCGGCAAGUGCUGGUUCUGUAGGAUUGGCUUCCAACAUGUGUUUGAACUUUACAGUGUCUGCAGGAUUUAUGGGUUUACGUGAUAUCAUUGGUCAAGGUCAAGUCUUUUAUGUAUUUGCAAGUAUCCUGAUGGCUUGUACUCUGUUGGGACUUUUGUACUUACCGGAAACCAAAAACAAGAGUGCUGAUCAAGUCGUUCGUUCUCGUUGGGCCGUUCCUCCUCCCUUUUGGAUGAAACAUCAAUAUAAUCCUAUUCCCACUAGUGAUAAUCCUCCCUCUUUAUGAUUUUUGUUUUUUUUUAAUAUUGUUCAAUAAAGG